AUGGGACGAUCGAUGCUCGACAAUAAUAAGCCGAUCGAAGCUUCAUUUAGUUUAAUGAUUCUCAAUUUACCGAAUGAUACGUCGCCGGCCCCUGCGUCCCCGCCCGGCCCGAUGGCGCUCGCCCGCCAUCUAGGAGCGCGGCGCGCGAGUCUGUGCCGGCUCGCUGCCGCCUCUACAUGUUGUGAGGCAUGGCUAUGUCCUCGUCGUCUCCUAUUGAGAAGUGAGUGUUGCAUUGAAUUUUUGCUCUUUCUAAGUAAAUCUUCCAACCUCAACUCGCCCUGCGUGGCCCGAAAGGGAGAGAGUGCCAGACUCUCCCGUGUGCAUGUAAAUAAAAUGAGAUGCCAGGCAAUUCAGGGGGCAGUGGCUUCAGUGGCCGCCAGCGUGGCCCCGAUGUUGAUUGGUGAUGCCGAUUGCUUACCAUCUGCUCGUUUGCCGACCUUGGUAACGAGUUGCAGAGCAGGACUCUGCGCAGCCUGGUCGUCGACCUCGCGCGCAGCUUCCCUCUCCAGAUAUGGCGGCAAGCGCCCGCUGCUGCAGCUCAGAAUCAUACAAAUUUCCGCGGGUUUUGAAAUAUCAAGGUUCUUGCAGUCUGUCAGCGCCGCGCGUGGCAGUGCAGCGGGUGCAGGGAGUGCAGUGAGUGCAGCCAAGACGUUGCGUGACGUUAAGUGGUUCGUGCUGUCAAAAUUGCUUCCUCGGUAUUGUGGCAUGGGCAGGGUCAGGCUGCAGCCGCCGACCUCCGCGGCGGCCGCUACCUUGUGCAUUGUUCAUGUGCAUACUUACAUUAACUCACGCCUCUGGUCCUUGGGGUCGGCGCUGGCUGCGGACGUGCCGAGAGCUGCGACACGCGACAGCCGACUGAUUACACCACUCGUCCGGAUUAGCCGCAAGCCGACGAGCGACGUGUGGCAGGCGCCCGCUCUCGAGAUAAACGUAGACUCGGGAAAUGUGGACGGAUUAGCGAGUCCUUGGCUGGCGCUGCUCCGUGAUAACGUCAGCCGUCACUCCGGCACGAGGCGCGCAACAUGA